AUGACCUCAAUCAGUCAAGCAACGACUUGCAUUUCGCAGCUUUUUGAUGAUCCCUGCCUUUCGAUAACCCCUCCAAGUAGGAGAGACUACAUCUUCAUGGCGGACCAACAAACCCCCAUCGAAGGGUCCGACGCCUCGUUGAACAACAAUGGCUCGGCCAUUGCAUCCCCGCGCUCCAGCACCGAUUCCCGAUCCUCCACACGAAACCUCCGUGUUUCACACAUGCCGAACCCGAACCACCAGCACAGACAGAGCUUGAGCGAGUCCCUUCGUGGACCCCCCGGUUCUCCCCGGGCACGCCGGCAGCCAUCUCUUACUCAAUCCGCCAUCCAGAGCCUCAUCGACAACCCCCCACCACCGAAAUCGGGGGACCCUGCAUUUAUCGGUCGGGAUUGGCGCGAGAUCUCAAUUGGAGAGCUAGUCAGCCCCGAUGAUCUCAAGUUUGUGGAGCUUGAUACGGGCAUUGAAGAUGCCACAAAUAUUUUGAUUGAUUCCGGCGCAGCUGUGCUACUGAUCCGCGAGACCCCUAACGACACUUCUGCUGUUGGUACAUUCGAUUAUGCCGAUCUCAACUCAUAUCUCCUGCUAGCGGCAGGCUUGACAUCUCCCGAUGCGGCACACCAAGCAUCUUAUGAAGAAUUGGCCAAGAAAGCCCACAAUGGAGUGCCUAUUCCGCUGCGGGAUGUCAAGAAGUUUGGCAUGGAGAAAGAGCCGCUGAUCAAGCUUCCCGCAUCGGCAAAUGUGUUGGCUGCCGUCGAGAUCUUUGGUGGAGGUGUUCACCGCGUCGUCGUGGUCAAUGAAGCCAAUCCCCAAGAAGUGGUUGGAAUCUUUAGCCAGUUCCGACUUGUCAAAUUCCUCUGGGAGAACGGCCGGAGUUUCCCCGUCAUCGAGGAGCUCUACACACAAGCUUUGCGCGAGUUGCGCAUUGGAUCUCAAGAAGUCAUAUCUAUCAACGGAGACAAACCGCUUCGCGAAGCUCUCCAUGUCAUGAACAAUGAGGGCGUGUCAUCUAUUGUCGUGGUUGAUAGCCACAUGAAUGUCCUCGGCAAUAUUUCAACCGCAGAUGUCAAACUUCUGACUCGGUCAUCUUCUUUGCCGCUGCUUCACAACACCUGCACCCACUUCAUUUCGGUCAUCCUGUCUACACGAGGACUUAUAGAAGGCAAAGACUCAUUCCCUGUCUUCCACGUCAAUCCAGGAUCAACACUGGCUCACACAGUUGCGAAGAUUGUGGCAACUAAAUCACAUCGCCUCUGGAUAACGGAUCCAAUGUCCCCGGCCUCCUCAGGGCCACCAACUCCAUCGCAUUCUGCUGCUCACAUCCCCCUUCCUCCUAGUACAAGCCACCCAGCUGCAGGAUCGCAUGCAAACUCACCACCAGCAUCCCCUCUCCCCCCACCAUUGACUCCCACAGCACAGCCCUCUCAAUACACAGCACCGCACCACCCAGCUCCUCCAGCUUUUGCACCCACAACUUCAGGUUCUCAUUCUACUCCAGGGGUAUCCGUGCCGCCACCACUUACCCAUUCCAUCCCAGCUUCGGCACUAGAUGGAGCCCGUCUUUCUGGACGUCUAGUUGGAGUCGUCAGCCUGACUGAUAUUUUGAAUCUGCACGCCCGAGCCAGCGGACUCAGUCCAGCUGAUCCCGCAGAGACCCGUAGCCGCCGCCGACGCAGUAGCUCGUCGAGCCUAAGUGUUCGCCGCAGCGGUGAUAUUGGCCGGGAGCUAUUCAGUCGCGGCAUGUAA